UUGCUGUUGUUGCGCAUUAAACAUGCGCAAAACCGUUCAUGUGUACCGAGAAAGACGCACUUUUUUCGCUCAAAUUUUUAACAUUAUUACAUAUUUUUAUAUAACUUUAUAACUAUAUAUAGCUAUAUAUUUUAAAGUAGUGGAUAAAAUUAAUGCAUUGGAGUGGAGAGAUUUUAAAAAAAAUUGGUUCUUACGGAGAUGGAGGAUAUUAAGGAAUGGAGCAAGGAAGUUUGUUAUUACAUUUGGUGAAAUAGUUAUAUAAACAUUUCAGAUGUGUGAUUCAUAAAGCUUCUUAAAUGAAUUUAUUAUGAGAAUAUUGAUAUUUCUUGCAUUAGUCUUACAUCGCAUUCACAUCAAUGAAGCCAAGACGUUUCAUCAUCCACUACAAAUUCAAAGUGAAAAGCAGAAAAGUUUCAGAGCACAGAAAAAUGAAGAGAAGGCGAAACAAAACUUCCAUCAAACACUUUCAAUGCCAGCUAUUCUUAAAUUUCUAGAAGAUAAUGGAUUGCAUUCUGACAAAACUUUAGGAAGGAUAGCUAGAAAAAAACAUAAAUUCCAUAUCCCUCAUAGAAAUAAUAAACAUGAAAUUCAUAACGUAUCUCACAUGGGAUAUGACAUCUCACAGAAUGAUGGAAAGGGAAAAUCAGUAGCUAGUCGACAUAGAAAAAAAAUAUUAAAGCAUAGGAGACAUUUACCUAAGAGACACAAAGCUGGCACAUCAAAACAUAAACCUUUCGACUUUUUCAAACUGAUGAACUAUGUGAUGACAUCUAAACGCAAUAAAAAAACUUCGGAUUAUUUGAAUAGCAAAUCAAAUUCUCGUUUUAAAAAUUGGAAGGAAACUGUCAAUUAUGGUGAUUUGCAUGGCAACAGCGUUGAUAAGAAUAUCACUCUUUCUAUUGGCAAAGAUGUCAGUGAUAAUUUUCCUGAUAGGGAGACAAAAAACAUUUUGUCUGAGUCAAAAGAUAAAAACCACCAACAGUUACACGAAAAAUAUCAUUCAAAUAAAGAAUUUUUUAAAAAUCCUAAAUUGCUUCAAAAAUUAAAAAGAAAAGAUGAACGUAAAGAUGUGAUACCAUAUCCGUUUUUUGCAAUAAGAAGGAAUCGAAUACCCAUCAAAAAAGAUUCUCUUCCAAUGUACAACCUUCCCUCGAAUCCUCUUCCACAACAGCUAUUAUCAUUUCCAGCGCAAUAUCCUGAAAUGCUCAACUUGCAACCUAUGGAUAAAUUAUAUACUAGUGUACAAGGUUUAGAUUUAAACGAAGAAGAUCUCGUUGGACAGUACUUACGGAAGGAGAAAUUAGAAGAAGAAAGUCUGAAAGAUACAGAUCCUGACCAUCUUAUCCGAACUGAUGAACGUGGGAAUCUGUAUCAAGAUGAUACAAGUAACUUUCCUGAAAAUAGCGCCACCGUUAAUUCAGUGGCAAAAUCUAAUGCUGCUCUCAAAGCAUUAGCUGAACUGGAAACGAUGCCAGAUGGUACGGAAGCUAAGCACAAGAAAGCAACAUCUAGCAGUUUACCAAGCAACAGUAAACAAAUGCAUAUUCAGAAGUCUUCGAAUAAAUUCAAUCAUGUUAGCCCUGCUGCACCAAAAGAGUUAGCUGAACUGGAAAAAAUGCCAGAUGAUAAAGAAACUAGCCAAGUGAAAGUAACAACUAGUAGUUUGUCAAGCGCCACUAAACAAUCACACAGUCUGAAGUCUACGAAUAAAUUUGCUUUUGAAGACCCUCUAGAAACAAUGGAUAAUGUUGAUCCAACAAGCAAGUCAAAACUUUAUAGUCAUCACAUGGAAGAUUUAAAGAAUGCAGAUACUGAUUCGAAAGCUAUUGCAUCUUUUCCAACAGAUUUGUAUAUAACUAAGCCAGGAACUCAGUCUCCAACAAGUUCUAAGACAUCUACUACAGAAAAAGCAACGACAAAAGCUAUUUCCGAAUUAAAUACGACACCAUCUCACCAUGAAAUUUCUACAACCAAUGUUGCGAACACCCAAUCACUUGCAGAAAAGAAAGAGACAGAAAAACAAGCUCUCCAUCUCCUAAAAAAUUCCGCCAUCAGAAAGAAAUUAGAAAGAAUUAAAAUGCUAGAAGAAAAGUUAGAGACACUGCGUCGACUUGAAAAAUCAAGAAAGAAGUAUUUAAUGAUGAAAAAUCCUACUGUGAGUGCAGCUAAACAAUUAUCUUCCUCAGACGCACAUACGCAUCAUGAACUUCAAAAAGAGAUGAAAAAGGAGGCAUCGCCAAUUUUAAGCACAUUUUUUAGAAACCCAGAGAUAAACGAAGAACCUAUAUUAAAUUUUCAUAAGAAAGUAAAUUCAUCAUUCUUUCAAGACGCUUUAUACGAUCGUGGUAAUGUUUUGAACCAUCAUCAUGAUGUUACUGGAUCUAAGAAACAAUUACUUGAGCAUCACGUUCCAUUACUGUCAGAAAUAUAUUUUAAAGAUCUGGCUAAGGAAGAACAAAUAAUUAGUGAUCACAUUGAUGAAGUACGCUCGCCUAAUUCUCAAAAUACAUCUCCUAUAACUUUUAAAUUACAUCAUGGCGAAUCUGAAGAUACUAACGCCAAGCACUUUCAACAUAGUAAUGUUAACGAAGAUGAAGACUCUCCAAAUGAAACUGCAGUUGGAAGAUCAAUGAAUGAAUUCACAUUCAAUGGACGCGUUCAUUUGGAUCCAAAGUAUCAAGGAAACGUCAAAAUUGUUCAUGGAACCCCACCUCCGGAAUUUUUAGAAGCAUUUGCAACUCAGUUUCCUCCAACAAGAGUAACCACACCGUUUAAGGCGCCUUUCACCCUCCCACCUGGUCAUGCUACUGGACAGCCUAAUCUUCCUACCUUUAAGGGUGGCUAUCCAUGGAUUUGGUAUAAAAAUCGAAAGAAACCUACCACCAGUCGAUAUAGAGAUGCUCAUGCAGGACUAACUACUCUAAUACCUACGAAGCCUCCUGCUGGUGGUCUUUCAACAACUAGUACAACCACAGUGAGGCGACUUCCUACAAACACACAAUCCCCAAAUGUGUUGAACCUUCCUACAGCAGCUACACCUCUUGAUGAAGACUAUAUCUUAUCGGGAAAUACGUCAACUGUCACUGAUCCAUUUAAAAAACCCAAUGAAAAUAUAUCUAAAGAACAGGAAACUGCUUUGACUGACGAUGGUGAGAUCGACGCUCAAAAAGACCUUACUCUUGUUACAACUGAACAAACUACAACCACAUCAAAGCCUGUUUUAGUGACUGCAAAACCAGUUGUAAUUUCGACUGUUGCUAUUGAUUCGAAUUAUACUUCCGCAAGUUGGAAUAACAUAUCAAAUCUCGUCAGUUUUGCAAAAGCAAAUCAAGAAACAUUUAAUUCUACUGAAAUGUUAAAUUCUACUGCAGUCGAAAGUAACGCAACAACAUUAAAUCAACAAAAAGAUUUAGAAAACCAAACUAGCGCAACUCCAAAUACAACAACAUCUGUACUUAAUAUAUCCAAGAUCUCUUCUGAAGUAGUCGGUGAAAAAGUUGUUGGUGAAAAACCUGAACUUCAAGGAAAGGGAAAACAAACUGUAGAAAGCGCACAAUCUGCACCAAUUGCUCAAAUAACAUAUGAGAAAAAUUCGCGACAUCACUCAGAAACAAAUGACAUUAUCCUAGAUGAAACUCAAGAUUUCGAAACGAAGCAACACAUCCAAUCCAAGUCGAAAUCUGAUCGAAAACAAGAUUUUGAGAAAAUUGCUAAAAAACAACAAGAAUCACUAUUAGGUACCGAUAAACUAAAGGAAAACUUCGACAUCGGUGCAGCAGACAAGAUAUACUUAGCAAGUAGACAUACUCACGGAUUGUUAGAGCUCCCAACACUGCAUAAACCCACCACUAAGUAUGAAUCUCUUCUAACAUUGGGUAUGAAAAAACAUAUAAAAUCAUUUUAUAUGCAGCCAACGGAUGAAAUAGCUGACGAUAACGCAAAUAAAAGAGGAAUACAGCAAUAUUCGAGUUAUACGUUAAAAGAAUUGGAAGAAGAAAAAAUCAGUGAAGGAAAAAGUAAGUUGUCAAGCAAUAAAGCAGAAUCAGCUGUUAGUAGAAAUGUAAAGGACAACAGUCGUAACAAUGAUAACAAGAACCUCAGCGACAAAGAUGGCGGCAAUGCACUUGCACAAAAUAGCGAUUUUGAGCCAAAAUUAUACGUGCAAUCUAAAUUCACAAAUAGCAGUUCAGAGCAAGAGGCACUUGAGCAGGAGAGUCAACUUCUACAAGAUCAUAGCAAUGAAGUAGACGCUGAAACAGCGAGUAAGCCAAAUAACAUAAGCGAAUUUACACCAACCAAUCAUCGUUCCACUUCAAAACUAGAAGAUUUUGAAAAUGACGAUAAGGAAAUUGAUGUAAAAACAAUGCCGACAGUGUCAAAAUUUGUCACAACACCAUCAAGCAUUGAGGAUUCACCUAUUAAAACAUUGGUGGAUCAACUGAACAAAGAAGUAACAGAGGAUCAAAACAUUCUUCAUAAUGUUGACCCUUAUUCUCCACAUGUUAUUUCACCUACUGCUUCAGAAAACCGUUCUUCAGAGCCAUCUGCUGCAAAGUUAAUCAACGAGGUCCCUACAUUAAAGGCUGAUGUUUCUUUAAGGGCAAAAGAAAAUAUGACAUUAUCAAAAGACACUAACUCUCCCACAGUAAAGCAAAUAGUUCCAGCUUUGCUAGCAACUCCUCCAUCGCUGUCACCAUUUGCAGGAAACCUGGUUGCUUUACCACCUGCACAAGGAAUAGAACUAGUUAAGCCUACGAUAGGCACACCUCUUUAUAAAUCGGCUGCUUAUUCAGAUAUGACAAGUGGAAUUGCAACAAGCAAUACCAACAUAGCAAUAGCUCCAACAGUAAAUGCAGCACCAGUAAAUACGCUCCAACAACCAAUCAUUGAUGAUAGAUCCAGUUCAGUUAAUACAGAAGGAAUGGUUGAUAAAAGUCAUAGCAUUACACCAAUGAUGUAUGAAGUCCCACAACAACAACAACAACCUACUUCCGCAUUUAAAAUAACGGAAGCAGCUUUCCAACCAGCUUUUGUGGCGUCUUCGCCACAAGAAACUCUACUACAACCUAAACUUGAACCUAAAAUAGAAAGCUUCAAAAACAAUCAACCUCCAGCCUUGCCAACAAAAUCGACAGUUCAUUUUGGUCCUGAUCUUGAUCAAACUAAACCAACAGAGGAACUUACACUUAAAAAGUUAGCAGAACAGACUACCAAAUCUCUGUUUGAUGAUCAAUUGAAUAUGGAUGAUAUGUACUGGACAGAUUCGCCUGAUGAAAUUGAGAACGCUUGCAGACAGCAAAAAGGAACGAAUCUUGUAGUGAAUAUGUUAGCAUUUGGUGAUUCUCUCACUCGCGGUUAUUACAAUAAAGGGAAGAACCAUCAUCCUUACACCAUGAAGCUUCAAUACUUGCUCAAUAAAAUGGACGCUAAAAGAUGUUUUAUUGUUGAAAACGAAGGUCGAGAUGGAGACAUGGCUUUCGGAGAAAUGCCGAAAAGGAUGGAAGAAUUUUUUGAUAACUCCAAAAAGCAGUUUGAAUGGGUAAUCAUUCUUGGCGGAACAAACGACAUUUAUAAUAAAAAGCAUGCCGGUCGCCACACUGCUGCUGAGCUUACUCAAAACAUUCUCUCAGUUCAUCAUCUUGCCCACCAACAUGGCGCAAGGACUGUGGCAGUCACUAUACCUGAAGUUGAAUGUCAAUCCAGUGACUUGUGUCAAGAUAUGAAACAGACACGAGAAGCUGUGAAUGACAACUUACGAACUUUUGCGCUUGAUCACAAAAACAGUGUCAUGUUGUGUGAUUUAGCGGGUUCGUUAGUGAGGAACAAGAUUAGUCAUAAGUUAGUUGGACAAUUUUUUGAGGGCGGACUUCAUUUGAAACCACGUGGUUAUGAAACGAUGGCGAAGAUUAUAUUUGAAUCUUUAAAACAAGCCUUAGAUAAAAAAUAGUUGUAUUCGUAAUUGUAGAUAUCUUAAUUUUUUAUAUUCUUGUACCUUUUUUAUAUAAAAUAUAAAUAUAAUAUAUAAAUUUAAAACAAAAAAAGUACGCAUUUCAUCAUCAUGCAGGUUCGAAGUUGCGGUGGUAUGAUUUUAAAAAUAACAAAAAGCUCGUUCGUCUUUGCUACUUUUCAUAUCAGAAAAGCAAAAUUAACUACACGAUAGGUAUACAAUUUUCAAAAAAAUGUGGAUUAAGGAAAAAUGUGGAAUGUGGAUUAAGGAUCUAACUGAAAAAAAUUCUAAAAAGUAAUAACGCAGUAUGUAGUGUUGAACGCUCUGUAAUAACAGCUCAGGGAUCAAGAAAUCUUUGAAACGGUUAAUCACCUGAAGAACACCUUGAUUGAUCGAUCGGUCCAUCUUAGUGCUUUUAACUCUAAAUCUGUGAUUGCAUAAAAAAUAUUUUGCCAAAAAAUCGAUUCAACGUAAAUUUAAUGU